AUGCCUGCGUCUCCUCAACUGAAUGUACUGCCGGGACGCGAGGGUCUUCAAGAAUUUACAAAGCACCCCCAGCAAGGAGGCAGAUCUCCCCCAAAUGGGUCUUUUCUGCGCCCUCCAUCCUCUCUCCCGGAACCCUCGGGGACUUGGGCAGCGCCCCCACGGCCCCCCUUCCGUCCUGGACGAGCCGCGGGGAGAGAGGGGGUUGUGGAGGCGAAACGCUGUGGAGAAGCCGGUUCCGCGCCAAUUUGGAGAGCGGCGGUGGCGGGGAAGCAGGGGGCGGAGGGAACGGAGACUUGUGUCACGUCCUUCAGUCUCCUUUCCCUCCUUCCCAGCCCCCCGGGCCCUGCCUGUCGCUUGAAGGGGCACCGGGACCCCGACUCCAGAUGGGGGCUCCCGCCCGCGGGAAGAAUCGGCCCCGGGGGCUUUCUUUCCUCCCGCACUCCGCCCUACGCCCAGCACCUCCUCACCGCUAGACCCGCUACCGCUCCGCUCUCAGCUGGCGCCGGCGCCAACCCAAUAUAUAGGCCGGGCCAGGCCCGCCCUGCACGCAUGCGCCGCAGACUGACACCUCCGGACUGCGCGCUCCCCUCUCCCGCGCGCCCGCCCCGCAGGCCCUCAGUCCGCGUUCACCUGUUCUCCACUUCACCUGCCUGCGCGGCCCGGAGGCGGGAGGGAGUCUCUCGGAGGCUCCUCCCUCCUCCGAGGUCUGGCUCCCCGCCGCUCUGCUUCCGCAUCUCCCGCCCGUGCUUUCCAGUUCCCUCCCGCCCUCAACUCCCGGAUCCCGUCCGUGUCAGGCCGCGGCUCAGUCCUGGCCUACGGCCAGGUGGAGGCGGCACGGGCGAACAUAAGAGUAGUCAGGAAGUGGCCAUCCUGCGGCGCACCGUGGCUGUCCCGCCAAGGUCUCAAGGAACCCAGUUCCUUCGGAAAAGACGCCGGGACCAGGAGGGCCCGCCCCCGCGGGAGGAGCGCCGCUUUGGCUGGCGAGCUGGCCAAUGGGAGGCGAGGACGGCAGCACAACGUGGAGAAGCUGCAGAAUGUAAACAGAGCCGGGCGCGCCGCGGGCCACGUGUGUCCCCGCGCGCCACCCGUCGGGUCUGGGACCACCGGGGCCGGCCGUGGCACCUCAGGGCAGCCAUUCUCUGGGAUGCCUGUCUUGCACUUUUCUCCAGCCCGCUGACGGAGGUUCGUGUCAACCAUUUCCCGCUGCCCGCUCCGCCGACCGGGUUACCUCCCAUGGGAGGAAAUACUAAGAGCCUUGCCUCCGGUGACAUAGAAUCAAAAGAGGCCCCGAAUCUUCAGUCCCAAGAAGCUCGAUACCAUUAUAAUGCUUAUGAUGGCGCUCUCGUUCCGGGAGGAGUUGCCUCCGUUUGCAGUCACCUCAAAACACUUGGCGGUGUAAAAGCUUAGAGAUCUAACAGCAUGAUGGUAAGAAAA